CCUUGACCAACAUGGCAGCCCCCAUGAUGCGGAAAGAGAGAACAGGAUAUGAAGAGGGCUUUAUUCAAGGCUGUGAGUCAGGAACCAUUGAAGGAUGUAGUCUAGGAGUAGAGAAGGGAAGGCAGAUUGCAUCAGAGAUCGGUUUCUAUAGAGGCUUUUCAAGGCAGCUAAAAUCAUUGAUAGAAAAUGACGAAAAUCUUGGAAAGCAAAGGACAAUGAAAACUAUUGAAUCACUGAGUGCUAUUAUUGAUAAAUUCCCAUUAGAAGAUGUAUUAAGUCAAACUCUUUUUGAGGAUUUGGAAACCAUUCGUGCAAAAUUCAAACAACUAACAAGUCAACUUGGUAUAUCAUUAUGCUAUGGUGAUAUAGAUAAAGUUAAAGGUGUUUCGUUUUGAAGUUUAUAUGAGUGAAUUAAUAUGGUGCCAUACAGUAAAUGAAAAGUUAGUGGAAGCGUUUAAAUAUCAAUGUACAUAUAUCAAAAAUCCCUCAUAAUGGGAAAUGUAAAGAGUAAAGACACUAGACACUAUUAUUUAAUAUCUCAAUUCAUCUAUGAUAACAGUGAAUAUGGUAUUUGAUCUGAAAAUUGCAAAUCCUUGCGAAGGAGGGGGAAGGAGGGGGACUAGAUUUAUUUGGAUGCCGCAGUAAAGAUCAUGCUGUACUCUCAUGUUAACCAAUGACUCUGUUUAAUAUCUCUGUAGAUUGAAUGUAUUGUUAGUAUGUUUUGUAAAGCUGUUAUUUGAUACUUUAUAAACAUGUUAAAAAACUAGUGAGCCGUUGAAAUGUUGUCUUUAUUUCAAACAG